UAUGUCCAUCUUUACUAUACAUCCUAAUUCUUAUUUGCUGACAGUACCAUGGCCACCUAUACUGGAUUUCCGUUCAAUUAUUUGAGCUCAGGGUCUACAAAUGGAAGCUCUCCUAAGGAAAUGUACAGUGGGAGCAGACAUAGACCACGGACAUCUCCUCCCACAUUUUCUACAUUAAGAGAUCCUGGAAGAGAUCAGUUGUCUGCUAAAUCAUCUUCUCAUAGCAAAAAGUGGACGUGCACAAGAACUAAAAGUCGGGGAUCCCCUGAAACUGACAAAUACCAGGUCAUAUCACCCGGUUAUAGCAUCAAGCGCUCCAAGGACUAUAUUGAAGUCAGACUUGAAGAGCAGGUUUUUAGAAGAGUUGAGACACCAGAAGAUGCAGAGCUGCCUCCCAAGACUAGAUAUACCGAACAAGCAAGCAUGCAGAAGCCAAAAAAGAGGGAGAAAUCACUGAAGGGAAGAGAAAAUAUUGUAGAAGAUUUACAGGAGCAAAUUGCUAAACUAACUGCGCUGCUGGAGCAAGAAAUAGCAGAACAUGAGAGAACUCGGAAUAGACUAGCCAAAGAACUGGAGAAGAAGGUUAUGGAACUAAAAAUCGAAAAAGAAGAAGAGAUCAGGAUUCUGCAGGAGAAACACGCUGCUGAGCUGCUAAGCCUUCAACAGGAGGACAGUGCAAGACUGGAAGAGGAGAGAAAAGAAGAUGAAAACAAAUAUGAUGAGCUAUAUAAGGAACUCAGUCUGGUCAAAAGUUCUUUUAAGACCUACCAGGAGAGCCUGUCAGAAGAGAUGAAUGACGCAUGGCUGCAGAAAGAGACCAGGUUAAAGGAGUCGUUUGAAGAGCAGAGGCUAAUAGACAUGGAGAGGCAAAGGCAGUCAUUGUUGGACGUAUUUGAGGCAGAAAAAAAAGAAAUCCACAAGAGAACUUUGGAAGAACAGGCCAUGAUCCAGCAGAGCCAUCAGGCACAAACUGAAGAUGCCUGGAAGAAAUACAAAGAAGCCACACAGGAAACAAAGAUGCUUAAAGUAUUAAAAAAGCAUUUGCAGGCUGAGAAUGCAGAGAAAAAUCAAACUGUCCUUUCGCUUAAUGCAGAGCUACAACAUGCCCAUCUGGAAAUUGGCAAGUUGAAAAGUCAAAUUGACAAAAUAGAGAAAAGCUUUGACCAAAGUGUCAGCAAAGUGGAGUCAAGAUACAAACACAGGAUUCAGUCUAUGAUGAAUGAAAAUGCUGAUUUAAGGCGAAAACUUAUUGCUAAAAGUGAACAACUUUUCAGUCAAAGAAACAAAGACUUCACUGGAAGCUAAAGAUCAUGGAUUAUUAUCGAACUGCUGCGUCCUGCACAUCACAGAUACUGCUUUGGAGCUUCUCAUUCCUAAUGGGUUGAAAAUUCCUUUGGUAAUCCAUGUACAGUCUUACUCUCCUUAAACCAAGAAGAUGCUAUUAAACCAUCUUGUUUCAGUUUAAAGAUCACUGAAUGGUUACUUUAAUCACCGUGUAGACAAGGGCAUGCAAUGGUAUGGUUCUUUACCUUAAAACUAUAAAUGACAUAAAUGAUUAUACAGCAUUUGAUCAAUAUUCCUCCCAGAAACACAAGUCAAAGGUCAUGAGAGAUGUUUUUAUAACUUUUAUUAAUUGUACAUUUUUAAAUUCAUAUUAAAUUAAAAAACCAUCACCUCAAGAAUGAUACAUGUGCCCAUUAGCUGAAACCAGUUCUUUUGCAUAACACACAAAAUCUCCAUCUCUGCUGUGGCAUACCAUCAAUGGAGGCAGAACAUGCAAUUGGUAUAGGGCCCACCAGGGCUGAACCUUUCAACCACGUAAGGAGUCCCUCUUCUCUAUGGAGUCCCAAAAUCAGCAUGCUGACUUUUUUUUGGGCAGAUUGUCCCUUAUAGGUCUUGAACCCAGAACCUGCUGGAUGGGAGGUAGAAACCUUACCAGUUAAGGCACAUGCUU